AUGUCUACUUCUACUGCAAACCCCAACUUCCUCAAAGGGAAAACUGUCCUCAUCACUGGGGGAACCAAGAAUCUCGGCAGAGAGACUGCCAUAGAAUUUUCCAAGUUACAGGCAAAUUUAUUUAUUCAUUAUCGUUCAACUCCUCAUCCUACACAAUUGGAACAUUUUGCUGAUGUUUUACUGAAGGCGGGCUCUAAAGUUGAAUUCUAUCAAAGCGAUUUGACAAGUGCCAAAGAUGUUCAUAAAAUGUUUUCCACUGCCAAAGAGAAGUUCCCAAAUGGAAUUGAUAUUGCGAUCAAUAAUAUUGGCAAAGUGUUGAAAAAGCCGUUGGUUGAGGUUUCUGAAGAAGAAUUUGAUGGGAUGGAUCUUGUCAACAACAAGAUUGCUUUUUUCUUCAUCCAGGAAGCAGGGAAGAGUUUGAAUGAAAAUGGCAAAAUCAUUUCUUUGGUCACAUCUCUAUUGGCCGCAUAUACUCCAUUUUAUAGUAGCUAUCAAGGAACAAAGGCCCCAGUAGAGUACUAUUCCAAAGCUGCUUCCAAGGAAUUGCAACAAAAAGGAAUCUCUGUAAAUUGCAUUGCGCCAGGUCCUAUGGACACUCCGUUUCUUUAUGGGCAAGAAAAGAAUAAAGAUAUUUCAUAUUACAAGACUAUGGGUCUUCAUGGUAGAUUGACAGAAACUCAUGAUAUCGUCCCAAUCAUUAGGUUUUUAGCUUAUGAAGGUUCGUGGAUAACUGGACAAACCAUUUACGCGAGUGGCGGUUUUACUGCACACUGA